UCAGCUCUCAUUAUCAUCAUUAGUGUAUCUCACACACGCACACACACGCGCGCACACACACUGGAGUGUAACAGCUGCUUGUGCAUUUUACCGGGAAACGAGUUUACGUUUGUAAUUUAAUUUAAGCACGUAUGUGAGUAUAUAUAUUUAUAUAUAGUCUACUCGCAUGCGUGAUCUUGACAUUUAAACUCGCGCUUCCGCACCGGAGCGCCGCGCGUCACACGCCUGCGGAAAACACACAACAUAUGUUUGAACAUCACACUCAUCUGAUCUGAAUCACAGAACCAAUACCGCAGAUUCGCUUCAUAGGAGAGGCGAAACGAAUCCGCCCGUGCGUUUUAUGCACGUCUCUUUUCCACCGUUAUUCAUCACGGGACGCGACGCGCGUCAGGUCUCCUCUCAGGCUGCGGGAAAUAAAAACAAGAAAAUAAAACUUUAAAAGAAAGUCGCGAGGUUGGUGAGGAAGAAGAAGAAGAUGAUGAUGAUGAUGAAGUCCGGGGAUGAGGUUCUGAUCCCGGAUGACCGAGCCUUCAGCAGGUUCAAACAGGAGUGUCAGUGUGAUGAGGGCUGGAGUCUCACCUACAACAAAAACAACAUCUGCGUCUGGAUCCAGGUGCUGGAAGAAGAGAAGGGUUUACACAAGAUAAAGUGUCGGAUGCUGAGUAAGGACAUCUCCGCCGAGACCAUGUACGACGUGCUGCACGACAUCGAGUAUCGCAAGAAAUGGGACGCGAAUGUCAUUGAGACGUUUGACAUCGGCAAACUGACCGUCAAUGCAGAUGUGGGAUAUUAUUCCUGGAAAUGUCCUAAACCUCUGAAGAAUCGUGAUGUCAUCACUCUGCGCUCCUGGCUGCCAAUGGGAAAUGAUUACAUCAUCAUGAAUUACUCUGUCAAACACACUAAAUAUCCUCCUAAGAAAGACCUAGUUCGAGCCGUCUCCAUUCAGACGGGAUACCUGAUCCAACGGACCAGCCCGACCAGCUGCACGCUAACAUACCUGGCACAGGUGGACCCAAGAGGUUCUCUUCCAAAGUGGGUUGUUAACAAGUCUUCCCACUUUCUGGCACCCAAAGCGAUGAAGCGCAUCAGUAAAGCCUGUCUUCGGUAUCCUGAGUGGAAACAGAAACACAGUCCAGGUUUUAAGCCGUGGUUGUUCCCGGAGCAGAACCCUCUGUCCAGCAUCCCUCUGUCUGAGCUCUCCAUCCAACACGCUGAUUCCCUGGAGAACAUCGAUGAGAGCACGCUGAGUGAGAGCAGAGAUGAGCGUGCCGAACACAGCGAUGAAGAUGCACCCAACUGACAUACAAACAUAUAACACACACACACACACACGGUCAAAUCUAGAGUUAAUUAAUCACUAGACACAAACACGCAGACAUACAUGUGACCAGUUUAUAGCCCUUAAAAUACAUCAAACACAUACACACACACACACACACCUCUGACCGGUUUUUGGUCCGUUUCCUGUCAGAUCAGCACAUUUUAGAGCUAAUUCAGAUUGUGAGAUUGAAUUCAGUUAUGUAGAGGUAAAUGAAUAGAUGAUUUGGAAUGAAGUAGUUAUUUUUGCCUCUUUCCUGCUCAACGGAUUGACCCCUGACCUUAUGUAAGCAUGCGGUUUGUCUCCAGACACACAGAGGGCGCUGUGAAAACACGGAAACACUGAGUUAAUCUGCUGUACGACAUUAGAGUUCAUGAUGAAUGCAUGUAGAAAUGAAGAAUAAUAAAACAAAUUCCUGCCUGUG